ACAGUGAAUGGCAGGCGGGGUUCUAAAAAUGUCGCCCAGAUGCACGCGCAAGGAGGGGGCGUGUCAUGUAUUAUUGGGGGAAAAGAAAUAGCAAAACAUAUAUUUUUUUUCUUACCGGCAGCUGCUGGGGCGACACUGGAGGCAGUUAGUUAACCAAGUUAAGUAGUAGAGUGUUAACCUGGAAGUUGGGGAUAGAGCAGUUGUUAAAUGUAUUGUUUUUAUAUAUUUUAAAUAUAAUAUUUAAGCCUGAAGCACCUUAACUAAGCCUACCAGAUCAUGAAUUCCAAGCGUCUUCCUAAGAGGUCUGUGCUGGGGAUAAGUGUUUGCGCCGCUCCAGGUUCAGUCUGUGCCGGUAGCUUGCAAGCAGGGACUAGUGUCACACAUGGCAAGGCUGUUGCAGCAGGGAUAAUACAAGCAUGUAAGAACGACCCUUCUACUGGAAACAGCUUCUACACGCUGAGGUUGGACGAUGGCACUUUGAAAGAAUACUCCACUGAAGAGAUCGUUAUGAAUCGGGCUGAUUUGAAAACGACAGUGCAUGGAAAACACUCUCAUGCCGGUUUGGAAAAGAUACCUUUGUACUGCAAGAGUGAAGAGGGAGUUCCAGAAUUGGAACAGAAAAGCCCCCCACACACCCUGCUUCCAAAUGGCAGAAAGUUAGAAGAUUGUGUGCACGUGGACGACAAAAGUUCUGUGGGGCGACUGGAGGACGCCAAGAAAGACCCGCUUCCACAAAGCCCUGCCCCAGUGCAUGAACAGAGCCGGCUCCUGAUGUCAUCCUACAUACCUGUCCCUAAUAAGCACAGGAGGCCGUUGGGUCAUGCAGACAUGGAGGUGAUGGCAGCUACAGUCCUCACCACCCUCUCCACCAGUCCGCUGGUACUCAGCCCCCCCUCUGGGACCCCAGGCGGAGAUCCCUGUAGUCGAGGGGGGAAGGAGGCCUUGUCUGCCAGCUACAGCAGCUCCACCAGUGGGAACUGGAGCUGGGAUACCAGCGACCAAUCGGUCCCCUCCACCCCCUCCCCGCCGCUCCCCGCCGACUCCAACAAGAGCUUUCUGCUGUCCUACCAGUCCGACGACAACAUUGAAGCGUCUGUGACCACGCACUUCCUCUUCGAGGACCCCAUCCCCAGGAAGAGAAAGAACUCUAUGAAGGUGAUGUUUAAGUGCUUGUGGAAGAACUGUGAGAAGGUCCUCAGCACAUCGUCAGGAAUUCAGAGACACAUCCGCAUUGUCCACCUUGGACGGAACAGUGACUCUGACUGCAGUGAUGGGGAGGAGGAUUUCUAUUACUCUGAGAUUGAGGUGAACAUGGACUCACUGUCGGAGGGGCUUUCCAGCCUGACCCCAACCUCUCCCACCUCCACGGCCCCCCACCCCCCUGUGUUCCCCCUGCGGGAGCUCCCCCUCUCUGAGCCAGCGCUGAUCCGCCCCUGGGGAGGCAAGACGCUGACCCCACUGAGCCAGUCUGCACCCUCCACGCUGUGCCACAUCCGCACUGAUCAUGCCUACCAGAUGGUGGGAUUCUGUUCCGCAAGUCAGUCACUGAGCGAGUGCAGCUUCCCUGGCAUCCCUUAGCACAUGCACCCCACCUACAAGCUUCUUCAUACUGCCACCUGGAAGGAGUAAUGGAAAUAAACACUACGGAGGAUUCCAGGUACGUAUUUGAAUUUAAAAACCCUGCAGGUGGAGACUGCGUUUCCCUCUCUUAGGCCAUGACUAUUCAAUGGUGUGUGAGUCGCUUCUGUUGAGCAGCAGUCCAUACUGUGCACUAACUUGUUAGAAGCCAUGCAGAUCUUUUGGAAUCUCUAUCCAGUGUCCACAUUAAAAUCUGUACACAGAUGGCUCUCCCCUUUGAGCAAAAACGUUGUUUUUGUUAUGCUGUUUGCAAUUUUUAAUUUUUUAUUUUUGCUACUUACACUCAAAAUGCGAGGAACAACUUAUUCAAAAGUUAAAAGUGGCAGAUAAAUGAAUGUUAAAAAAGGCAUUUAAAAAACAAACAUUUUGCACAGGUAAUAAUAACAGUCAUGAGGAUAUUUGUCAUCAAAGGUUUGGCUGUCACUGAGUUCAAUGUAAACCACUUGAUUCGGGUCUUUUGAUAGUAACCAGGUCAACAUUUAAAGUGCAAAUCUGGGGCAGUUUUGUGCCGUCAACCAAACUGCUGUGAAGAAUCCUAAACCUAGUUUUGCAAUAGAAACAAUACAAUAUAUUACCAUAAAUUUCAUAAACCUUACUGUAAUAAUUAAUUUUACAAAUUAGCAAAAGGACGGACAGCUCUUUCCUUGUUUCUGUUCAAACAGCUAAGUUAUUCUGCCACAAAAAAAAUAUUAUAGGUGAACAUUUUAAACCUCUUUUCAUUUUACAAUUGGCCAUCAUCAUCAUCAAUGCAAGACAGUUUCUUUAACUGUUAAAACCUCAGGAAACUGCAGACAAUCCCAAAACCACUAUUUGAAAAAAAUAAAAAUAAAAAAGAAUAAAAUACUCCCACCAAGCUUUUGCAGAUCCACAAUAAGAAAAAUGUGCACAAGUGAAUAUUGGUACUGUAACUCUUUAACAUUGUCAUAUUUAAAACAUGAUAAAAGGCUAUUUUUAUUUUA